AUGUCUGGAGAGAUUUUCCAGCCCCUAGAAAACCUUGAGUUGGUAGAUUUAUCGAAGUCCAACCCCCUACUAUGUUACCUGUGUAAUGAACAAUACGAUGAUCCCUGUAUUCUUGCCUGUUUUCACAGUUUUUGUGCCCAAUGUCUUCGUGGGCGAUGUACUGAUAGUAGAAUGACCUGCCCCUUAUGUGGGGCUGUGACAACAUUAAAAGAUGGAGCCUCUCUCCCAGCAGCUGAUUUAUUAUUAAAAUUCAUGGUAGAAUCUUCACUAGAUGAGAGAGCUCAAUGUGCUAACUGUGAUAAUGAAACAGAACACAUGUAUUUUUGUAAUACGUGUAAUCAACCUCUAUGUACAGUGUGUCGUGAAGUCACACAUCAAGCCAAGAUGUUCAGUGCUCAUGAUAUAGUUCUCCUGUCAAAACGUACUAAAGAUAUUCAUAAAAAAUGCUCUCUACAUGGUGAACCAUACAUCAUGUUCUCCUCGGAGAAGAAGAUUAUGUUGUGUAUUAAAUGUUUCCGAGAUAUGAGAGUUGAAAGCCGAACUCAUUGUGUUGAUAUGGAAACAGCGUAUAAUCAAAGCUGUAAAAAACUUGAUCAGAGUGUACAGACAAUUCGAGACCUCCAGAAGUCAGCAAGUGAGAGUAUUGGAUCUUUAAAAGGUUUGGUAGAGGAAGUUAAGAUAAAUAGAGAUCGUGAGGCUGCAGCCGUGUCGGCCAUGUACGACGCCAUGAUGGAAAAAAUCAACAAAACUAAAACAGAUUUACUGGAGGAAGUUGAUAAACAAUUUCAAGAGAAAGAGGGUCAGUUAAAAGCUCAGUUACAUACAUUGAUGACAUUAUUACCCACGUUACAUGUCCACUUUAUGACGUCUGCUGCUUUCUCCAGUUCUGCUAACAGAUUUGAAUUUCUUGAUCUAGCUUACGUAAUGAUGGGACGACUUAAAGCUAUCACUAGACAGCCCCACCCCCUCCAUCCUCUACAAACUAGUAUUAUAGAUACAGAUUUUAAAGGUCAAUUCGCCAGAAAUUUAGAGCCGUUACUAUUUAGUAGACCGGGUUUAUCAAGUCUUUCAAAUGCCAGUCUUCCUAUACAACGUGAAGGAAGAAAUACUCCUGUUAUUUAUAAAAUGAACUCCGCUGGUAGUAGUUCACGUAGGUCAAAUAACAACGGGUUAAAGGUCAAGUUUAUUGAUGCCAAGGGACCGUUUGCUGAUUACUGUAAAGAAUUUGAAACGGUUCAUAAGGAUCUGUUAGUAAAAUGUGAGAAGUUAAAGAUAAGAGUUCAGGAAUUACAAAGAGAUUUGACCCUACGGCGCUGUCUGACCAGGAAUGAUGAUGUUUCAACUAUAAGAUGUAAUAUAGAAGAGAUAGAUAAACACCUAGCUAAUCAUUACAGUAACAUAGAUAAUAAACAAUCUACUCUACAAGAGCAUUGGGAAGACAGUUUACAGAGAAUAGGUAAUGAACAGGAACUUUACCAAGCCCAGCUUCAAGAUAUUACUCGUCUCCAACACGAAUGUCAACAUCUUAAUACAAUAAUGAAACAACUAUCAUCGUUCGUGUUGUCUAUAACAGCUGUUACAGAGAGAAUUGAUCCCAAGUAA